AUGGACCACGUACCUCGGUGGUUGAGGGGCUCCGAUAUGGCCGCGAGGAGCAUCCGCGGCAUGGGCUGCCAUAUCGCGGCACUGUCGUGGCUGCGACCUAUUGCCCGCUCCUCAACCUCACUAGCCCCCGGUUCUCUCGACAGCCUCAAGGCCAGGUUCACUGAUGCUGUCGCGCGUGUCGCGCUUGCUCAACCCCAUUUGCACGUCGGUAUCGCGGGCGAGAACACGGCCAAGCCAACCUUUGUCCGCUUCGAGGCACUUGAUCUCCGGAAUCACAUUAACUGGAAGGCCUUUAAUGAUGCCUUUCCCUACCUCGAAGAGUUGCAAUUGCAGCUUGACUCCAGGUACGACAAUCUCGCCACACAGCCUGGCUGGAGGGUUGUCAUCUUGCACGACGCUGGAGCCGAGUCCAUUGAGGUCUUGUACGUCUGGAACCAUCCGCAUCACGACGGCAUGAGCGGCAAGAUAUUCCACCAGCAGCUGUUCCAGCAUUUGAACAACAAGGAAAAUCUCAGCGAGCCCCCAGCAUACCAGCUCCAAGACGACUCGGGGUGCUUGAUCGUCAAGCUUCCCGACUCUUCUGAGAAGUUCCCACCUCCCCCCGAACCAUUCCCCAUGACCACUCCAUUUUUGUUCAAGAAGCUGUGGAAAGAAGUGAAACCAUACUCCAUUUUUCCACCCACAAGCCUCCAUGCCACGUGGGCCCCAGUGAAGCUGGAGCCCUUCACAACCCGGUUUCAGUCCCUCUCCAUUGACAAUGACACCGUCGUAAACGUUGUAGCUUCUUGUCGUCGCCAUCAAACGACCGUCACUGGCCUUCUCCACGCCCUUGUCCUACUGUCUCUUUCAUCAGAACUUAGGGAUAUGAAGGGCUUUGCGGCCAGGACACCGUAUGAUCUACGGAAUUAUCUACCAUCUCAUACCAAAGAGUACCCUUGGCUAGUGCCAAAGGAGACCAUCUGCAACUAUGUUUCUGUCCUGGACCACAAGUUUCACCCCGACCUUGUUGCAAAAAUCCGAGCCGAGUUCUCUCCCGAUCGCGUCGCAGCAGGAGAGCCUCUGCCCGCUGACAUAAUGCACACCGUCUGGUCUGUUGCGGCUCGCGUCAGGCAAGAAAUCAAAGACAGGCUGGACUCUGGCAUAAUGAACGAUAUGAUUGGCAUCAUGAAGUUUGCAGGAGAUUGGCGACCCCAGCAGGAGAGCGAGGCCUGGAAACCGAGAUACCUGUCCUGGCUCGUCACCAACCUGGGCGUUCUAGAAGGGGUACUUGGCAAAGCCGAGAAUAAGAGACAGGGAGAUGAUUGGACUAUACAUCGGGCCCAGCUAUUUUUGAGCACCGAAAUUCCGUCUGCCGCGCUUUCCGCCGCUGUUUCAACAAUAAAGGAUGGGCAGAUGGAUAUCACGUGCAGCUGGCAGGACUGCGUGGUUGACCCGGAUCUUGGUGCGAAUCUAAUGAAUAACCUCAACCGAUGGUUGACAGAGAUUGGAUCACCAACCUAA